AGCUGCUCUGAUUUAGUCAAGUCAAGAUAAUCCAGCUCAUACCGAACCUAGAGCUCCCCUUCUGAUCCGGCUUGAGCAACGAUGCAGACACCUCGACUCGCCAAAGCCCUGCCGCGGGCGACUUCGGCUUGCCGACCCACUGCUCUCUUGACGAAUGCCCAGUUCCGUAGAGUUCCCCCCGUCGUCACUUUCAGUCAGCCACCAGCGCGACCACAACUACAAGCAAGACGAUGGUACAGCGGACCAGUACUGGAUGAGUUGGACGCAAAAGCAAAGGACCGACCGAGGGGUCUUCGGAUAUCCCACUUGUUCGGGGCGUUGGCGCUGAUGGGCAUGUUUGUAACGACUUAUGGUCUAUUGGAGUGGUAUUUUGCUUUCAGUACAUGGCCGCCGGAGGUACGGGAUGAUCUGAAGAGAGCUAUCAAGGCGAGAAAUAGGGGGGACAUUGGAGGUAGCGAAAAGUUGUUUCAGAGCGCCAUCGAUAAAGCCCGUGCGCUUCCCCUACCUACCCUUGGUCAAGACCCGCUCUUGAAGCUCACUGGACUGUAUAUCACCCUGGCGGCGAUGCAUGAAUCCGCUGGACAGCCGAGAAAGGCGUUCAGGAUGUUGCAGGCGGGGCUGGGGAUCAUCGAUCGGUACUCGGAUUCCGCUUCAGAUCAUACAUCAACAUUGACUACAGCGCGAAGAUCAAGCCCAGAUCCGGCCGCUGCCUCAAAUGCGGAUGAGGACGCCUACGUCUUGACAUCAAAAGACCAUACUCGGGCUAUAGCGAUCUGUCAAAAGCUAGGAUCCUUGGCUCUCCAAGCUAGCGAGCCCGGGCAGAUCACACGACCUUAUACACCCGGGGCUUCAUCGUCUUCAGGGGGCCAAAGAACAGCGAUGGAUAGGGAAUGGGAGGGCUUGGCAGAGAAAUAUCUCGUCAGGGCUCUGGAGGGAAUGAUCAGCUUGGGAGCGCCUCGAGAGUUGGUUUCUGCUACACCUUCGAAGACAAACUCGGAGACGACCAAGGUCGUGGGCCGGGACUUUAUCUUCCCGGACGAGCAAGAUUCUCCGUCGGAGAAGGAACAGGACAAGGGAGACCGAGAGAUCAGUGGAGAGUCGAUCGCCAAGGUGACCAGGAAGAGUAUGGGUCUGACCAUGGAGAGCUUGGCAGACCUUUACGCUAGGCAGGGCAAAUUCGAUCGAGCGAACCCGCUAUACGUCCAGGCCGUGAGCACGUUGUUGCCUCCGGAUACGCCCGAGAAGAAAUCGGUCGUCAGCGUGGCGGAUCGGUGUCAAGCCGCUAUGCUCAUCAACACCCUCUCGUCAUCGCUCUUGAACCCGCCUACGUCUCAGAACAUCACCGCCUCGAAAGCUUGGUCGUUACGAUCCCUUCAGCUGGCUGAUCGGGCCCUAGAGGAGGAAGCGAGCGAUAUCAAGGGGAGUGGUGCGGUGAAGAGCAUCUGUGAGCGGGCGAGGAUCGUUGCCGAAUUCAAUAUGGGUGCAUUGUUGGAGAUGGAAAAAGACGUGCCAGGCGCGAUCAAGUAUAUGAAACAGAGCGUAGCCCAUGCUAAGGCGGCUGGGUUCAGGGAAGGGGUGAGGGAAGGAGGGGAUGCGUUGGAGAGGUUGUCACUGAUGAAACGUAGUUGAAGAGGGUGAAGGGGUUGUUGUAUCACGUGACCCCCAUCCUUUUUACGUAAUCGCGUCAUCCCAACCAACAACAAACAAACAAACAAAUCCGAGCGAGUUGUUUGAACUUCUACUACUCUACAUAUGCAUCAUCUACUCUAC